GGUGACUUUCCUCGAUGCUUUCACUUUGAGGAUGGCUUGAUGAGUGUUACAGAAGUCCUACUGACUUAGCUGUUUCACCUCACGGCUUGAUGUCGAGUCGAAGAGAAUGUCUAGUCGCUAUUUAUACCAGCGAGUACAAGCACCUUUGCGCUUGGGUCUUAAAAAAUCAAACCUUAGAAACCGGCGGAGAUCUGUUUGGGCUUUGGAAAAAUGACCACACUGCAGUGAUCCAGCUCGUUUUGGGGCCUGGCAAACAUUGUCGAAGGACUUCGGGCUCGUUCUACCAAGAUGUAGAGUACUUGGAGAAAGUUGGCUCCCAUUUGACUGGCAAGGAAGGUCUCUGUCACAUUGGCGAGUGGCAUUCUCAUCAUACAAUCGGUCUUAAACGACCAAGUGGCGGAGAUGAACGAACAGUUUGGACAAACAUGCCUAAAUAUGGGCUGAGUCGCUUUCUGCUGUUCAUUGCAAACAUUGAAAAUCACCGAGAUUCAUCUGCUAGUGUAGGAUGCUUCCUGUUCGAAUUCAAGAAGAAUACCAACAAUAGGGAGCUUCGGCCUGGAAAAUUUAUUUUACUGCAAAAUGAAAGCCCCUUCCGUUCAAAGUGUCUUGAGGUUUUAAAGGAAAAUGCAGAGUGUUUGAACGAGGAAUAUGAAGUGAGGUCGCUAGAAGUAGCCAAGAAUGCCAUCUCCAUGCCCAACAAGCGGCCUGUAGUCGGUGUAAAAGUAAGGCAGUUACUUGAUGAAGAACAAGGCGUUGACAAUGAGGAAGAGGCCAUCUCCAUCCCCAACGAGCGGCUAGCGCUUGUAGUCGGUGUAAAAGAAAGGCACUCACUUGAUGAAGAACAGGGCGGGAGGAAUGAGGAAGAAUAUGAUGAAGACUUCACAGUGGCUAUUUAUGGCAGCGAGUACAAGCAAAUUUGUGCUUGGGUCUUCAAGAAUCAAGAUCUGGAGACGGGUGGCGAUUUGUUCGGUUUGUGGCACGACGAUCACACAGCAGUGAUCCAGUUCGUGUUGGGUCCCGGUAAAAAUUGUCAGAGAACUACCACCUCUUUCUUCCAAGACGUGGAGUACUUAGAAAAGGUUGGCUCUCAUUUGACGGGUAAGGAUGGUCUAUGCCAUAUUGGCGAAUGGCAUUCCCAUCAUAAAAUCGGCCUUAAGGAACCGAGUAGCGGAGAUGAACGAACAGUGUGGACUAACAUGCCUAAAUAUGGGUUGAGUCGCUUUGUGUUAUUUAUUGCCAAUUUUGAAACACACAAGAGUGCUUAUGACUCGGUAGGUGUCGGCUGUUUUCUAUUCGAAGGGAGCGAAACUAGCCACCGAAGGUUACUUCCAGGAAGGUUUAAGCUCUUGCCAACAGAGAGCCCUUUCCGCUCUACAUUUGCACGCAACUCAAACUUAAUGGAAGGAGCAGAAGGUCUAAAUGAAGAUAACGAAAUAAAGUCUCUGGACGAAGUUGUAACUGGCUCACGUGACAUGCAAAACGACCGCGAGCGACCUUUAAUGAUUCAUGAUGAAUUAGGAAGCGGGCUUCCUUCAAGCACUUGUUGCUCAAUGAUGUAACUCUUAAGAAAGAACCUGGUACGAUGCACUGACCAAGAUGAAGUUUGUCUUAAGUAGAUGUUGAAAGUUAAGGGCAAUUUGCAAUAAUCUGCUUAAUCGACGUAACUCCAAGUGUAAUUUAGUUAGUGAGAAUAAAGCAAACAGAUUCGAGUUACGUUUUGGUUUGCUCGUUUCAUUGCGUCUUUUGUAACGUAAUCUGUAAUAACCUGGCUCAGACUUCGAAUAUAUUUGUCCAUUGUCGCCUAUAUCAAAGUUUCAAUCUUCCCAAUCAAAUUCAAUCAUUUCCGUGAUCUAUUUGUUUAGUUAGUCAUGUAACUGUUAGAUCGUCUGUUUUAUUUUCUUCAGCUGUGCUGUUUUUUUCUCUUAAACAAAUACAGCUAUUACAGACUUAAUCACCUGAAGCCAGCCAUAUUCGAAAAGAUGUUUUUAAAGAGCUUGAGCACCACAGAGCGAGACCAGCUGUGGUGAGCAAUGAGGCAUCAGAUCCUUGUUUUGUGCUUGUUUGUGCUUGCAUCUUGAGAACUAUUGGGUAAAAAUGUUUCUCUUUUGGAUAGACAAACCUUCGUCUUUAGCUCUAACCCUACUUGCCCUACUUCCUGCUCUAUUCACCGAAUGUAGCUUUUUAAGUGAUCGAAAAUGCUAGUUGUAAGAAGUUCCCCUAUAGUUAGCCAAAAUCCCUUUUCCCUUCCAUUUUUCCGGUGGCAGUCUCUCAUGUCUUCUAAUCAAGGGCGAGAUCGGAGAUUCCUCAACUCCCAAUGGAAAGCGUAGAGAACCAAGGAGAUGGGAAUACUUCUCUCCGACCACUGUGUGGUUCGGGUCUGAUUCUCUCUCUCCUCCUUUUCCAUCAGUAAAAACCGUGAGUAAACACUCCUUUCGCUAAAAUUUCUACCUUUUGCGGGAUCCUACACUUUAAAACGAGCAUCAUACAGGGAUGGAUGAGCAAAUUAACCAAUUUACAUGUUUGUAAUAUGAGCAUGUGAUGCUCUUGUAGUGCCGAUAUCUCAGAUUAGGAAAAUUUCAAAUUUUCAACUUGCUGCUCUUAAUAUAAAUACAACAAAUUAAAUUUU